GCCCCCCGCCCCUGCUUAUUUGAUCUCUCUUUCUCUUUUUCUUUCAAAUAAAUGACAAAAUCUUAAAACAAAAAACCCUCUUAGAUGAAAAUACCCCUGCUUUCAAAGAUUCCAGAGCAGUAAUAAUGUGCCUUUCUUACUUCUUACAGCUGCGUGUUCACAGUGAUUAGCUAACUUGCUUGCUAGACCAAAAGAGCAAGUUAAUCUCUUUCUCUAUUGCUUCUCCCUUUCCCUCUAUCUUACUAGCAAUCUAAUCAGAGUUAUGAGCUUGGCAAAAACAAUGCAUUUUACUAAAUUUGGUUUUGUUACCUGGAAUACUCAACAUUUUUCUUUCUGCUAUAUUGGAUUAAUGGGCUAUUUUUUCAAAAACUAAAUGAAAAUAAGAGGAAUUUUGUAAUAAUUUCUAGGCAAUCUCCAGCAGUAUUUCUUAGUCCUCUCUACAGAUUUUUUUGUCCAAGAAUCUCAGCUCACUAUAGAGUAGAUUUCUUGGUCCUUCUGCAAAUGGAAAUUGAGUAGAAGUACAACAUUCUCUGGGCUCUGAGAUUUGGAAGGUCUCCCACUGAAAGGAGAGCUUGAUUCAUGGAGCUCAGUCUCUGUGGCAACACAGUACUUUGUUUCAACCUUGGGAUGGUUGGCUAGUCUGCUGAAAGGGUGGCCAGCAAGGGGACCUCAUAGAACAUUGUGUAUAUUUCCACUUCUCAGAUUCAGAUGUCAGCUAGGCAAAGGUGCAUAGGGCACCAAGUGUGGGAAACAUUCAAGUAAAAAAGAUACUAACUUUUUUGCCUAUAGCGUAUCCCUUGCAAAGCUUCUUUUUUUGUUGACUAAUUGACCAAAAACCAAAAGUAAAUUAAAGUUAAAUUAAGGAGUUUAGAAUCUAUUCAUUCUCAGUGAAGUUACCUUAGUUUUCCUAAACAUCUUUCCACAGGCUUUGGGGAAAGCUUCCCAGACUCAGAAUCAGUCUCGUUCCAUUACUAGGAGAGUAAAUGGUGUCUGUGAAACCGAGCUAGCUGUACAGCGGGGGAAGACAGCAAAAGGAGAGAAGAUAAAAUGAAUCACAAGUCACUGACCAGGACUUUUGCACAGCAGUCCACUCACUUGCCCGCAACGGACUUGUCACUAGCUAUUGACCUUAAGCGAGUCAUUUAACUUCUUCAUCUGUAGCCACAGUAGCAAAGUCUAUUGGCAAUUAUGAACCCGAUUAAACUAAGUGCUUUAUUGGUAUUACCCCUUCUCAGAACAGCCCUCUGGAGUGCAUAUUGUUAUCCAGGUUUACAAAUGAAGAGCCUGAGCUUUGAAGAGUGGUUCAGUGGCCUAUCCAAGGUCACAGAGAUAGUGACUAGCGGGUGCUGCAAUUUUGUUUUCAUCUGAGACUGAGACGCCAUGUAUCUCUCAGUCUGCUAUGCUGAAGUGCGAAAUGGAGGUGGAAGAGAAAUUUGGGAGAGGACGAAAGGAAAUGGAGUCGAUGAUUUAGGGGUGAGAAGGGGUCGGGAAGCUCAUAAGGAACAGAAAACAAGAGGGGAGAGAGACUGGAAGGGUAGAUUAAGGUGGCAGGCAAUACCCAUCAGUAGCCUAUGAUCUAGAAAGUCUCUCCUGGGGUAGAAAACACUGAGGUUUUAUGGCCUUUUGAAAGUCAUUCUUGGUUUCUGACUUUCCAUCAUUCCUUACAUCUCAUCAGUCACCAAAUCCCCGGUUCCAUUUGACUGUUUGUUCCCUCCGUGUCAUCAGCUAACAGUUGCCAUUGGCUGGCCUGCACCACCUCCACCACACUCACAGCAACCACCUGCUUCCACGCACUCCAACCAAAGGGAUUCUAGCAUGGCAUCCGUUAUUUCUGGAUACUUCACCACAUACUCUAUAUGCGCCAAGCUUGAACUACUUGUUCCUGUGGUGGGCCAUGCUCUUUUAUUCCUUGUGGGCAAUCCUUUUUUCUCUUCCCCCAGAAACCCCUCCUUAUCCUUCAAUCUUCACCUCAAAGAUCCUCUCAAGACUACCUGUCUCUACUCCUUUCCUAGGAAAUGCUUGACCUGGUUUUUCUUUUUCUAAACUGAUAACGCCAAUUAGCCACGAGGUGGCAGCAUAACGCUAGGGAAUUAACUGCUUGACUCGACACCUGUUCUUUCCGUUUCGAUUGUAAACUAGCAUUUAUCUUGGAUUGUGGAACUGUAGAACAAGAAGGGGCAAACUCUACGGUCCAUUUGGCCUGGUGGUUUUCAGAAGCUGCGUUAAGAAGCCCCAGGAGCGCCUAGGAAUUCUAUUUCCUGCUGCAAACAGGAACGUUUUAUUUUUACACCCAGACCUUUAAUCUAGUGUAGUCCUUCAUCUGACAAGUGGGAAGCAGGAGCCCAGAGAGGCAGCUUGCCUGAGCUAGUGAGUCUGACUGCAGAGAUGCAGCUCAAGAUCCCAGGUUUAUAAUUUCCCAGUUCUCGGAGCUGCACACUGCUGUGCCGUCAGAGGUCUCAGGCUUACCCCACAGGUUGUGGGGCAAACUUGGGAAAGAGUUUGAGGAAAAGAACAUUCUUGACUUGCCAUUUUGUUGCCUUGUAACUACUCUGUUGGCAAUAAAUUAAUAACAGAGCAUAAAAUAUUGUCAUGCAUAUGCUCUAUAUCCAUCUGAAAUAACUCCCUAAAGCUAAGGUCUGUUUUACUUUUCUCUGUGUAUCUUCGUAUCACCUAGAGUGAAUGUCUGCAUUUGGAACUCUCAUCUUCAUGCAACACUGAUUGAGGGUUUGUCCAGUGGUGGGUGCAGGGGUCCAUAGCUUAAAUAAGGCUUGGUCCUUGCCCCUGGAAAAAGUCUAGUAAGAGUCUGAGGGGAGAGAGAUAUGUAAGUGGAUAAUUUAUUUUUUUAUGCGAUGAGUACCGUGAGUUAGGGGAACAAAGAGGAGGAAGCCAUGAACUUGGGUCUGGCUUAUCUUAGGGCACUCUUUUAUUUUGCUUCAUUUUAAGCCUUCAGAAAGUUUUCCUUCCUGUUGUUGACAGCUAAAGUCGUCUGCCAGAAGGUAGGUGUUGGGAGGUGAGGUAGAACUCCGUAUUUCCUCCUCAACAUCAAAGAGAAAGGAAAUUUCCAAAGUGGGGACUAUGUUCUUGGUCUUUAGUUUUUUAGGAAUAAAGCCGCCCAACUCCCCAGUUCCUCUCUUUAUUCGCCUCACACUUCAGAUCACUUUCUAUGAGGACAAGCACUUUCAAGGCCGCCACUAUGACUGUGACUGCGACUGCGCCGAUUUCCACAUGUACCUGAGUCGCUGCAACUCCAUUCGAGUGGAGGGAGGCACCUGGGCCGUGUACGAAAGGCCCAACUUCGCGGGCUACAUGUACAUCCUGCCCCGGGGCGAGUACCCCGAGUACCAGCACUGGAUGGGCCUCAACGACCGCCUCAGCUCCUGCCGAGCUGUUCACCUGUCUAGUGGAGGCCAGUAUAAGAUUCAGAUCUUCGAGAAAGGAGAUUUUAAUGGUCAGAUGUACGAAACCACUGAAGAUUGCCCUUCCAUCAUGGAGCAGUUUCACAUGCGAGAGGUGCACUCCAGUAAGGUGCUGGAUGGCGUCUGGAUUUUCUACGAGCUACCCAACUACCGCGGCAGACAGUACCUCCUGGACAAGAAGGAGUACCGGAAGCCCAUCGAUUGGGGUGCAGCUUCCCCAGCUGUGCAGUCUUUUCGCCGCAUUGUGGAGUAAUGACGUGGAGGGGGCCAAAAGCUUCUCCCGGGGGGCCACUUGCUGGCCAGCCUUGUCACCCAAAUAGGCAUCAUAAAUAAAACAAUUGGCAUGCA